CAAUCUGUGCAUUCAGUUUGCUGGCUCUUACGGGGCUCUCGCAUCUUGAAAGGGGGGCAAUUUACCUGAAAAUUUCCUUGUAUUUAUCUUGGUUGUUCCCAUUCGCGUCUAUUUUUGGCCCUUCCCGGGACCUCUUGGCGUCCUGGUGCAGUGGUGGCACUUUGCUUCCUUGUUCCGGACGUCGGCGUGGUCUCGGCUCCCAACUCAUCGCGGUUUCUUGGAAACCACAACGUUGCAAUGCCACCUCCAAACACCCCUGAGGAAGGGCUGACAGCACCAAUCUCACAGGCAGUAGAUGCCGCUAUCGCUCUAAGAUCCUCCUCACCUCAUCCUAGUAACGCCAUGCCCAACGCAUCACAAGGCGGACCGUCGAUUAUAGAGCUCGACUACCAAAGUCUCGAGUAUAUCGAGGCUGUGGACGACACCCUCAUCUGCCCGGUGUGCAAGACCCCUUUUUACUCGCCCAUCACAACCCCGUGCGGCCACACCUUUUGCACUGGGUGCAUCAACCGGGCUCUCGAGACACAACGAACCUGUCCCAUCGACCGGCAGCCGAUCAACAAGAACCGCGACUACCGCCGCCUACCCUUAAUCAUAAAAGACCAGCUUGAUCGCCUCAAGGUCAGGUGUCCAAAUAAGGGCUGCGACCAUGUGUGCUCACGCGAGAAUCUCAAGGGGCACUACGAGCGCCGCUGCGAAUUCACCCCAGUCGCGUGCCCCGAACCGCUGUGCAGCAGGCUUGUUGCUCGGCGUGACGCCAGCCCAACAAAGGGCUGCCUUCACAAGAGUGUCACUUGCGAGCACUGCCACAAGCUUGUCGCCAUUGCCGAGCUCAGCAUACACCACGACAAUGACUGCGACGCCAACGAAGUCGAGUGUCCGGACUGCAAGGCAAACGUGGUGCGCCACAGGCUAGAAAAGCAUAAAUCAGAAAGUUGUCCCGAGCAGCAAAUACAAUGCAGAUGGCAUUCCGGCGGGUGCAGGGUGGCAGACAAGCGUCGGAUCGUCCAGGUACACGAAGAGAGUGGGUGCAUCUUUGAGGCUGUGUCCCGGCUCUUAGACCAGAGGGCGGAAGAUCGCACGAUCAUCAACGACCUGACCAGUCGACUUGCCAAUCUUGAAGCGGCUCGCGGUAGGAGACGUGAGGACCGUGAGCGAAGAGAGCGGAGGACUGAAUCGACACUCCUUAGCACGGUUCUUCCCAACCCAGCAAGCCCUACUUCAACCGAAACCCCCAACGAACCCAUGUUUCCAUCCGCUCUAUCAGUCCCACACGCCGCCGACACCUUCGCGUGGGGCUCGCCCGAAGACUAUAUGCUGGCGCGGUUCGAGCGGCUGGAGACGCAGAUGGAGGAACUUCGCAAGGAAAUGCGGGACAUGGAUGCCCACCAGGCCCUCACCUUCCUGCACCACACGACGCGCAUUGGCGACCAAAUUGCCGAGCUCGCCAGCAAAGUCGGUGUUCUCAACAUGCACACUACCUGGCUCAUGAACAUGCAGCGCCAGAGCCAUGCACAGCAGAGGGCUGGGUCGACUGCCGGGCCUCCUAGCUCGGGACUGUCGCAUGCCAGUGAUAGCAGUGGCUCAAGGGCGGGGUCUUCUUCGUCGGAUAUCAGGGUGCGGCAUCCCGGUGGCAGUCGGAGAAAUAGUGAUGGACGAGGGGACACUCUCACCCGGCUUUGAGGGACGAGGAUAAGAAUGGCGUUGGUCUUGCUUGUACGACUGUGUAUGAAGACAUUGUGGUUCUGUUUCGGAGUUCCCUGGUAUCGGUAGAAAGGAAGGGCUAUGGGGGCAACAUGGUCAACGCAUCAGGAGUUAAACGGGGUGAUGUUGGCUUUCACAAGAAGCAUGUGCAGUGAGGGUAUGCUUUGUUUAUAUAUAUGCAGAGGGGAAGUGGCCCAAUGGAUUCAGCACGGCCGGUUCGUUGUAAGAUACGGAUAAGGUACUGCCUUUGGGGCAUGGCAC